UGACAUUCCAAGUUCCUCUAGACGUUCCAAGUUCCUCCUCACAUUCCUGCACCAGCCUGCCUCUGUGGAAUUCCAUCAAUCCACACAUUUCCACCCCACAAGCCGAGAGUUUCAUUUCAUUACCUUCCAACGUCCCUCUCACCACCGCCAUUUCCGGUCCGCUUUUCAAGUCCUGGCGAGACGACUCUUGGCUGAAGCGUCGCUCAUUGCCACCACAUUCAGCUGCUUUGCCUUGAGCCUUCCCACUCCGUUCACCUCAUUUCCCGCACACCCGCAUCCCGCUCCGAUACCCGCGUCCAUCGCCUACAUUAAACGAUAACCGUCGGCAACACUUCUCCGUGCCAUUGUCACCCUACAUCCGAUAAUAGCUGGCUCACGCCAUCCUAUUUAUUACCGCUACCGCCAACGCUAGUAGCGCUCUCGUAAUCUCCAUUUGCUUCUGAGUCGACGCAAGAUAGCAUUUGGAGCUCGUUCGUCGCCACUUCUUGUCAACGCUUCAACGUCUGUCGAACAAUCGCUAUCUCAGAGUUCUUUUAUUGCAGUGUUAACCUUGACGACAUUUGCCACUGGAAGUUCGCGUUCGUUGGCUUUCAUUAGCCAUCGCUAGCGUUCGCUAACUUUGAUUAGCGUCGUCAGUUUUCGUCAGCCUUCGUUAGCUUUCGCUAACUUUGGUUAGCAUCGUCAGCUUUCGUCAGCCUUCGUUAGCUUUCGGGGUCGCAUUCCUCCAUGGCGAGCGCCGCUUUGAUGCGAGCAGCUGUCAGAAGGACUCGAGAUGUCAUGCGGUGUGGCCCUGCAGCAGCCGCGUUGCUGAAUGUUCAUCCGGAUCAUCCUGGCCGUUCAUCGCGGCCCUUCCACCAUGGCCGAGCUGUCAUUGUGAACAAGCGCGGAGCCGACCUCCUCCACGACCCCUGGUUCAACAAACACACGGCGUUUGAGGCGCCUGAACGGGAUCGCUUGGGGCUGAGGGGCCUCCUUCCGCCGGGCUACCAGACUAUGGAGGAGCAAAUGCAGCAGUUCAUGCGGCAGUACGAUUCGAUUGACCGCAAGCCAAGGUCGGCAGACGACCCCGUGGACCUGCAGAAGUGGCGCAUCCUGAACCGCCUGCAUGACAGAAACGAGACGCUCUACUAUCGGAUCCUUAUGGACAACAUCCAGGAGAUGUCUCGCAUUGUGUACACCCCCACUGUGGGCACGGUGUGCCAGCGCUACGCCUCUCUCUUCCGCCGCCCGCGAGGCAUGUACUUCAGCGCCAACGACCAGGGGGAGAUGGCCAGUAUGGUGCACAACUGGCCCUCCGAUCGUGUUGACAUCAUUGUCAUAACGGACGGCAGCAGGGUGCUGGGAGUGGGAGACUGUGGCGUGCAGGCGGUGUCUGUGCCUGUGGGGAAGCUGGACAUGUAUGUGGCUGCUGCUGGCAUCAACCCCAAUAGGGUGCUGCCUGUUGUCUUUGACGUGGGCACCAACAACAGCGAGCUCAUGAAAGACCCUCUCUACCUGGGUCUGCGCCACCCGCGCAUUGACGGGGAGGACUACCUGGAGCUCAUCGACGAAUUCAUGGAGGCGGUUACCACCCGAUGGCCCAAAGUGAUCAUUCAGUUUGAGGAUAUGGAGCGCAAGUGGGCGCACGUCCUCAUGGACCGCUACAGGCACCAGUACCGCACCUUCAAUGAUGAUAUUCAAGGAACAGGCGGGCUCGCUGUGGCUGCCCUCACGAACGUGCUGAGGGCGCAGGAGCUGCCGCCCAGUGAAUUGGCCAACACGAAAAUCGUUGUUACAGGAGCAGGCAGUGCGGUGCAGGGCAUGCUGGUGGCGCUGCAGAAGGCGAUGGUGGCGCAUCUGGGGGAGAGCAAGCACAACUACGUGGAGGCAGCCCGCAACUUCUGGAUCGUGGAUAACAAGGGCCUAAUGACUGAAGCCAGGAGUGCGGCGCCCAACCUCCUCAGAGGCUUUCUGCGGCCGGCAGCAGAGGCGCGGGGGGAGGGGGCCCUGCAGGAGGGAGCCCCCUUGGCGCAGGUGGUGAAGGCAGUGAAACCAGAUGUGCUGUUUGGGCUGUCGGGGAAGCACCACCUGUUUGACAAGGAAGUGUUGAGGGCUGUGAAGAACAGCGGCGUAGCGAGGCCGGCUAUCUUCCCCCUCUCGUGCCCUACUAGCCACUCCGAGUGCACGGCGCAGCAAGCUUUCGAAGGCGUGGGGCCGAAUGCCCUCUUCCUUGCGGGAGUGAACUACCCCUCCGUCCGCUUCCCUGAUGGCAAGAUCGGUCACUCCACCCAGGGCAACCACAUCUUUCUCUUCCCUGGCAUUGCAGCAGGAACACUCCUAUCAGGCGCUCGCCUCGUGUCGGAGGGCAUGAUUCACGCUGCAGCCAAUGAGGUGGCGCACUAUAUCUCAGAUGACGAUGUCAAGAAGGGGAUUCUCUUCCCGCCACUGUCCAGCAUCCGUGACAUCACAUCACACGUGGCAGUGGCAGUGGCGCGCAAGGCAGCAGAGGAAGGCCUGGCUGAUGGCAUUCCCAGCCUGCAUGCCGACCAGCUGCUCACUCUCUCCAAGGAUGCUCUAAGGAAGCAGGUGGAGAAGCGCAUGUGGGUGCCAAUGUACUCCACACUCAUCUAUGGGGCUGACUUGGCCAAGUAGUAGCACUUCAGUUAUGUCAUGCUGUAUGGUCCAUCAUCCACGCGAGCUUUGUCAUAAACAUAUCAGCAAACGAUUUGCAAUACGUGUAUCAGCCCUGCAUCUUGGAGCCCAUUGCAAGCACAACCACUCUAUUUUGACAAAAACAGUCCAAAGUUUGCACAGUAAAAGUUUUGGUACAUU